CACAAACUCUCUCGGCCGCCGCCGUCCCUCACUACCUGCGGGGCCGCCGGGCCGGCAGGGGGCGCUGCGCCUGCUCCGCCAUCGCCGCUCCGCCCCCCUCUUCCGCCUCCUCGGACGCCGCCAUCGCAGGGACCUCGCGCCGCUCCGCGCCAUGUCGUCGCACAAGACGUUCAAGAUCAAACGCUUCCUCGCCAAGAAGCAGAAGCAGAACCGGCCCAUCCCGCAGUGGAUUCGCAUGAAAACUGGCAAUAAGAUCAGGUACAACUCCAAAAGGAGACACUGGAGGAGGACCAAACUGGGCUUGUAAGAGAGACUGUCCCGUGAGCUCUGAUGAACACCGGUCUUUCUGUGUCAGAUUGAUAACACCCUCAAAUGAUUCCUUCUGUGGUGCUGGACUGCAGUCCCCAGCGUGGGGUCUUUAUGAGCUGGUCUGGGAUGUUGAUGUUAACUGGGAAAAUCUUUGUAUCUGAAACACAGAGACUGUGUUCUAUUAGUGUUCUUUCAGGCAUCACCAUGAGCAUUGACAGUGCACAGGCAUAUUAAUAAAUAUGGACCUGAAUGAC